UUUGUGUUCAGUUGACUACUCUUCACAGCUGUUUAAUUCUUGAGACGUGUCGCAGAUUGCAAUGCAGCAAUAUUUUACAAGUAUAUUGCAACAAUAUGAGAAGUUUAGAGGACAAACCAUUGAUAAGGAGCUGGACUCAACUUUUUGGGAUGUGGUUGUUCUCACUGCAGCAGACGAGGCCCAGAAGAAUGUGUAUGAAAAACAGCUGAAAUACAAGUAUGAAAGACAAGAAUUGCCUGUAAAUGUAGAAAUUAUUGUGGUUGCAGAUCCUCCAGGUCCAAAAAUUGGAAAUGGUGGCUCAACAAUUGUGGCACUUGAGGUUCUCCAUGAAAAGUUUGGUAAGAAACUUUAUGACUAUCGGGUAUUAAUAAUCCAUGCCGGAGGCCAGAGUCAGAGAAUGCCAAGUGCAAGUGUUCUUGGGAAAAUAUUUUCUCCUAUUCCUCGAGGAAAUCCAAUUUACCAAAUGCUGGACAUCAAGCUGGCAAUGUUUUACCCUCUCAUACCAAAGAUGCCAAAAGGUGUAUUUGUUACGUGUGCUGACGACUUCCUUGUUUAUGAUUUAGGUGAUUCACAUGAUGAUAUAAAGUUUUGCGAGGAAGGUUUUACAGUGUUAGCUCAUCCUUCUAGUCUGGCCGUUGGAACAGGACAUGGAGUGUACGUGAUACAUGAUAUUGGGAAUGUGAAUCCACGUUGUCCUCUUCAAGUGUGCAAUUGUCUUGAAGUACUACAAAAACCAAGUGAAGUCUUGAUGUAUAAGAAAGGCGCUGUGCUGAAGGCGAAUGACCUUGAAUUUCCUGAUGGGAUAAAAGUGGAAGAUUCAGUAGCCUACACUGACAGUUCUUUUUUCUUUGCCCAUGAUAUCAGCAAAAAAUUACUUUCAUUUGCCACAGAGAAUGGACCAUUGUCAUGUGAAAUAGAUGCUUAUGGAGAUUUUCUGCAAGCUUUAGGUCCUAGAGCAACGUCUGCUUAUAUCAAUAAUACCUCGAAUGUAAGCAUUGUAACACCAAGUCUGUUGGCAACAAGGAAAAAGAUAUUCAAUCUUCUUAACAAGUCAAAUAUAACUGUUCUAGUCAUGAAUUGUUCCAAGUUUAUACAUAUUGGCACAACAAAGGAAUACAUUGAACAUUUUUGCUGUGAUGUCAUGUUUCAGGCAGAGAUGGGCCUUGAAAAGGAUGUUUUUAAUCUUUGGACUAGAAAUAUUAGUCAGAUUUCUCCAGUGUUGAAAUGCGGUUCCGGCGAUGCGUCCGACCUACCUUUACCACCUAAACGUUUGAAGUUAUCAGAUACAAGCCAAGGUUGUGUCAUGCAUAGCUACCUCCAUGACCAGUCAUUCAUAUCAGCUACAUCUGUGAUAGAGUUUUGUUCUUUCAGCAUUCCAAUAAAGGUAGGGCAAUGUUGUAUUCUCAGCAACUUAGAGUUUAAAGCAGAUAUCCGAAUCAAGGAUGCAGAAGGGAAAACACCAUCCUUGGUUGAGUACAUGAAUACUGUGAAGUGUUUAGAUUUUCCGAAUGAUCUAUUUGUACACACAAUUCCACUUACAGAUGAGGGUCAAAGUACAAAAUUUGUGACUGUUUUCUUUGAUAUAAAAGAUAAUCUAAAGAAAGAGGCACCUGGUAAAGACAUAAAGCAGCUAGCGUUCCUUGGGAAGCUUGUUGAAGACUUCACAGCAGUGACUAAUGAAGACAUUGCUAAAGUGAUUCCUGACAAUACUGAUGCUAAAUUUAACCUCUGGAAUACUAACUUAUUUCCUGUGACUGAUGAUGCAAGUGAAUCUCUGCUUCUUGCAUUGAAAUGUGUUGAUGCUGUGAAAACUGAUAAAUCUGGUAUAGUAUCCCUGGGCAACUAUAGACUGGUCUCCAUGGCAACAGUAUUAAAGGAAAGAGAUUUGGAUGUAAUGCUUGAAAAGAGAAAUGUUCUAUACAACACUAUUAAAUCAGAGAGAAAUAAAUGUUCACAGUAAAAAAAGA